ACGACGCCAUUGUUGUUGCUACUGCAUAGAUCUGCUAUAUCUCUCUGUUGUCAAUCAAUUUCUACCUUCGAUUUUGAACAUCGCUUGAGUUUUCAACAUGAUGUCAAGUAGUUAUGUUCAAGACAGGAUGUUUCACCAGGAUUUCACCCCUGCUGCCACUCCUGUCCCACAUCGACGUCCUUGUGUGUACCGCCCUGAACCCCUGUCCGCCCUCCCCACCUCCUACACCUCUGUCCCCGUCCCAGCCCCUGUCUCUGUUUCUGUCAACAUCACCGGCCACGUCAUUAUGGUUGACACUGACUUUGUGGAGAUCGAUCUCGGCCGUGAGGAAGACACACAACCCCUCCCACCCCAGUCCUUCCUGAGAGCCUUGCUGUCCCGCUUCAUCCGUCUGGUCAAGAGAGUCUUCACCUCCAACAAAGACAACGUAUAAGUGACAUUUAACACCAUUCACCAUUCUUCUUUUGGGGGACAUUUUGGCACAUGAAUUAACAAUAUUCCCUGUUUUCAUUCCCACGUGGUUGUUCUUUCGUUAGUAAAUCAUGAUGUUAUUGUUCUAAUUGUUGUUUGCUGCUGUAUUUUAUAUCAAAUGUAGAUGUCCGGUUACACAUGGAUCAAACACCAUCAUCGCCAUCACGCCCAUAUUCAAAAGCUUCCAGUGACAUUACAGUUAUGCAAGCUCAUUUGUCAGUCUGGGAGUCUACGUUCGUAGAUCUCCUAAGGUCUGUGACAGCAUGGCGAAUAAAUAUCGAAUACACAUCAAUAAUGACCACUGAAUAUGUUACUGUGUGACU